AUGGUUUCUCUACCGCCCUUUGCCCCGUUCCCAAAGGCCUCGUGGCGGCAGCGCAUCUCACCCGAAGACUGGGAUGCUCUAUCGGAAGCAUGGAUUGCACUAUCACAAGCUUAUCUGGACCUAGACGAUGCCGCAUUCAAGCAGACAGCUUCAGACAAUGAGGCCCUGACGAUAUUUGUAUCAACAUUCGUGGAGGAGACCGCAGUCGAAUCUGGCGCAAAGACAAUAUCACCGCGGCUGUUAAAGACCAUCUUCCGCCUCAUCUCACGGCUCUUGACGAUAUGUCCUUCACCUCGGUUAUUAGACGUACAUUUUCUGGCCGGGUUAGCCAGGACGUUUCCAAAGAAGCACACUGCGCCGCUGCUUGCGCGGCUAUUCGCCAGUCACGCUGCCCCCAUCGAAGCUUCAUUACUCUCUCUCAAAAAGCUGCUUAUCCCGCAGCUCGACGCCGGAAGUAAGGGUGACCUCAAACUUGUCGAGCUAGAACUCACGCGUCUGAAUCCGUUGCUGCAUGCUUCUCCUAACGCAUGUAUACUUCUACUCGCUGGAUCCGACUUCUUCGACGGUCUAGUCACCUGCUUUCGGGUCAUCAAUCCACCUCUGCGCAAGACCAUCAUUACUACAGUCUACCUAUGUCUCAUUGGGUUGAUAGAAGUAGAGCCUCCCAAGUGGUCUAUGAUUAGCGAUCAAUUAUACGCUAUUCAGGUGGCUGCGGAGGCACACAAGAAAGGGACCCUGAAUCCCAACGACUCCCUGGGCGCUGAUCUCGUGACGAAUACACCAAUACUGAAGGCAUUGCUUCGGAAAAUAGAGUCAUCGACAGCAGCGCCAUCUAACCUCAAGAAUCGCAUCACUACCCUGGAAUCUUUCAAGACAGGUAUUAUUGUUCGGCCAAAGAAGUUGAUAAAGCGAAAGGUGGACAAAGGAAAGGGAGUAGAAUCAGCUGAGGAUGUACAUGCGGAGAUACAUGUCCACCAGAUGAGCCAAAUCACCCAUGUUCAGGACAUUUUCCCGGACAUGGGGGCCGGGUUCAUAGCAAAAUGCUUGGAUGAGUAUAAUGGCGACGUGGAGCAAGUGAUUGCGAAUCUGUUUGAUGAAACGCUACCGCCGCAUCUUGCCACUGCGGACAGGACAGAGCCAUUGUCACAUACACAACCAGAUACUCAAGCACAUAAAGACCUGGCGCCUCGCUCAACACCGACACAGUUACCCAUUAGACGCAACGUUUUCGACGACGAUGAGUUUGAUCGGCUGGCAGUCGACACUUCCAAAAUCUCUUUUGGCAAGAACCCCGAGAAGACGGCUGACGACGUCCUCAGGGACAAGUCAACAGCUCCAAACAAGGCAGCCAUCUUAUCCGCUCUGGCGGCGCUUGACCCAGACGACGACGAGCGUGACGACACGUAUGAUGCCGCCGACGUGGGAGGCACCGUGGAUGCAGGCAACCAGGAAGCCGAUGGUGUCAACGACAGCAACGAAGAGCUUCUCUUCCGUGCUUUCCAGGCGGAUCUUAGGAUCUUUGCAAGAGAUGCAGAGACGAGGAGGAGCGCUACCCGCACAAAACUGCGGGAUGAAACAGGCAUGGCUGACGAGGCCAUCGAAGGAUGGGCAGUCAUGCUGCAGAGGAAUCCUACCCAGAUGAAGCGUCUGGAGGCUAAAUAUGCAUGGAGCGGCCAGCAAUCACAGCUCGAACGCACUUCAUGGAGAGCCAGUCCUGCCGGUUCAGGCGCAGAGGAGAGUGAUCCGGACGGAGGCUCAAAUAGGGGCGGAAGAGGCGGGCGUGCGAGAGGAGGACGCGGCCGAGGAGGUCGUGGCAGAGGAGGGAAUGUUGCCGGACCGACGGGAGAGAAGGAUACGGAAAUGGCUAGGAAGAAUAAAGAGGCUCAUAAAGGAGCGAGAGCGAAUCACCAUAGACGGGAUGCAAGGGCUAAGAAGAUGGCUCGCGGAGGGUUUGCGGGGUGA